AUGCCGUCCAGCAACACUCUGGCAAAGUCGUGUCCAGCAUGCUCUAAGCUGUGCGAAUCAGAUGAAAAGCAAACGGAAAACUGUAUGGCAACGCCGUCUCCAUCGUCAGAGCUGCACCUGUCACCGUUAAGCUAUGUGGCAAAGUUGGAGCAGCCAGCUCUGGAACUGUCGUCGCUUAGGCCUAAGGUCAGCAACGGUCUGGCAACGCCAUGGCAGUCAGAGGUGGAUGACCCAUCGACAAGUUCACCAAACGCCACAAAGCCGCCCAGUUUGACAAAGGUGCCAAAAGAAAUCGAUCGGAAGAAGAGUAGCCACAAAGAGUUCAGCGAUCUGGCAACGGCGGAUAUGGAAAGCCAAUGCAUUCAACACGAGCUCAAUCUAACAAUCGAACAACUAGAGCUCUUGCAAGAGAUACUACUACUACAAGAGGAUCGGCAACAAAACUAUUCGGAAUGGUCAACGGUACAAAAUCCCGAUGAUCCGAAUCCGAAGCAAGUCGAUACGAAUCAACUGUGGAGGUCGCUGAUGUUGAAGCUGCUGCAACAACCUCACAAAAAUGGCGACCGCUUGACAGCGGGCGAUCGCACAGCAACCAAGAGCGAUUCGCCCAUCUAUUUAAUGGAUGCUGCCGAUGACGAGGACAUCGAUGCGCCAGUGUACAAAACGAAUGUAAGUCGAAUGAGGAAGAGACCUAAGCGAAAGGCCAAAGUUAAGAAUACGGCUAUACCCAGUGGAUAUAAGCAUAGGACGAAGCGUUUUCCCGUUAGAGAUCGGGAGGUAGAGCUAAUGCGCAUGACUACGCGUUGGCCCCUGCAUUGGCCCAGCCCGCGUGUCAUACACCACAUGAACAGGAAGAUAAAGAAGAAGAUGUUGCUACGCGGUCUGUGCGGCUCACGUCUAUUCAAUUUACCAUCCGCCUCGCAUCAAUCGCGGCCAAACAGUCAAAACAAGAAGGCACGUCAUCGCAUGCAUAAACCCCUUUUGAACCAACCGCCGUUUGCAAGAAACUUUUCGGAAUUUUGGUUCCACUAAGUCAACAUCCUAUAUAUGUAUAUAUAACUAUGUGUGCGCAUGGAUCGCACAUAAGAACGCAUCAUAAUUAAUGGAGCCUUUAACUGUGAUCUGAUUUCAUGUGCAAUCCAUGCACUAUAUGUUUCUCUAUAUAUAAACAUA